AUGGAAAGAAAAGGUCGAAAAAGAGAUAUUCUGGAAAUGGCUCUCAAAACAUCGGAUAUACGAAACCAGAAAAAAUGUCGCAAGAGCCUUCUUUCUGAAUUUAAUAAGAAGUCUGCCAUCCUCACGAGCUCCCCGCCGCCCCCGUACGCUGCGUGUGCCAUCCUUACAAGCCCUGCUCAGAACCCUGCGCCUGCCAUUCUCAUAAGCUCUGCGCCGGAUGCUGCAACUGCCAUCCUUACGAGCUCCGAGCCCAACGCUGCAUCUGCCAUCCUCACGAGUCCUACUAUAGAUGCUGCGUCUGCCAUCCUCACGAGCUACACGAACGACGCUGCGUCUGCCGUCUUCACCAGCCCUGCUACAGAUUCUGCAUCUGCCACUCUCACGAGCUCCGCACCUGAUGCUGCGUCAGCCGUCCUCAAGAGCCCUGCUACAGAUGCUGCGUCCGCCGUCCUUACCAGCCUUGCUACAGAUGCUGCAUCUGCCACCCUCAUAGUCUCCGCGCCCAACGCUGUGUCUGCCGUCCUCACGAGCCCUACUACAGAUGCUGCGUCUGCCAUCCUGACGAGCUUCGCGUCCAACGCUGCGUCUACCGUCCUCACAAGCCCUGCUGCAGAUGCUGCGUCUGCCAUCUUGUCCGUGCCGGACGCUACGUCUGCUGCAUGCUGGAACUCCACACCGCCAGUCACAGAAACAAAUUUCUCAGGUAUAUCGCUCCAAGAUGUCCCCAGCACAUCUUUUGCGACUGAACUCAACAAUAAUGUUUCACCUAUAAUGGAAUUGUCCAACGAACUAUCAAGUAUUUCAAACUCCGCGCAAAACUUUGUUCAAUCUUAUGUUUCCCAACAACCGUUGGACGUUCUUCCAGGUACAUCUUUGGGAACCGACGCUAACAAUAAAUCGUCCUCAUUUAGAAUCACCCGUCCAGCAAAGAAACAUUCUUAUUUAGAUUAUAUGUCAGACGAUGAGAUAGCUUUGUUAAAUUCCUUUGGCGAUGCAGGAAGCUCAGAUGAGUGGGAGCCGGAAAAAAACGGAAAGAAAAGGAAGCAAAUGACUAUUAACGUCGAAGAAGAGUUUAUUGGUAAUAAUGCGACGAAAAAGGUUCCUAAAAAUAAGAGGAAACAGGCUGCUCAAAAACGGUUAUCUGGUCAGAGUUACAUUAAGACAAACGGAGAAGUUGUUCAAGAAAAAAAAGUCCAACCAAACCCUUGUGCGGCAUUCCAUAUCCCGAAAAAAGACAAAUGCCUGAAAUGUUGUCAGUACGAAAAUAAAACUAAUCCUACACCAGAACAACAACGAGCUCACGAAGAACACCUUAUUGAGAAAGACCACACAUACAAUCGCUACAAGAUGCACAAAACUAUUCAUUUAAAAGACUCAGCAUCCAUUUGCUUAAGUUCUGACUUACAAAAAGUGUUGAACACACCGUAUGGUGAUAGCAUGUUAUUAUUUUAUACACGCAAGCUGGCCGUUUACAAUGCAGUUAUUUACGAAAAUGGUACGCGCAAUGUUUAUUGCUAUUAUUGGGACGAAAGCCAGGGUAACCGCGGUGCUAAUGAGAUGGCUACAAUAUUAAGCAAAUACAUAACGAAGCUUGAUGAACGCGGAAAUAUAAGACGACUUCUUCUUUAUUGUGACUGCUGUCCCGGUCAAAAUCGGAACAAGAUAGUUCUUGCAAUGCUGAACGAGACUCUGCAACGAUGCAGAACUCUUGAAUCUAUUCAAAUAAAUUUCUUACUUACCGGCCAUACAUACAUGACAGUCGAUUCGGUACAUGCGACUAUUGAAAAUCAGGUUAAAAAUACCACUAUCUGGGCUCCUUCCCAGUGGUAUACGGUAUUCCAAACAGCAAGACAAAAUCCAAAGCCCUUUCAUGUUGAGCAGUUAACUCACAAAGAUUUUAAGAGAUGGGACCUACUCGCAGAUAAGUAUUUCGUGGGAAAUCUUGUGGGUAAAAUAAGUAGAAUACGAGUCGCAACUUUCAAAAAGAAUCGUAUAUCAGCAACGGUUAAAUGCUCUAUGAAUCCGGAAGCACCCGUGUCCUGUAUUGAAAUCGCCUCCAAAACAAAGUUUCUCGACUUACCGAACUGCUAUCUUACACCCCUACCAAUUACUGAAAAUAAACACAAAGAUUUAUUAAAGCUUUGCUCAGACCAAGUUAUACCCCAAAAAUUUCAGGCAGAGUACUUAGCUUUAACUUACAACAAAAAGGUGAAAGAUACUUUACCCGAUACUGACAUCGAAGAUAAUGUUGACCAGUAG